AUGGCCAUGAUGAGGCAGAUGUUUGAGUUCAUGAACACUGCCCAACGCCAAAACCAAGAGCAGAUGUCUCAAAUGCUCCAGCAGCAGGUGCUGUUGCAGCAGCAGAUGCUCCAAGCUCAUGUAGCUGCACAGAAGCCUCAGAGGAAGAAAGGCAACCCACCCCAAUUCAACGGACAGUCCAACGACGACUUGGAGUUAUGGCUGUUUAGCACUGAGCAGUACUAUUCUAACUACAGCGAGGAGAUGGAGGCUGAGUCGUCCGACUUUGUCGAUACUAUUUUUGGUAACUUGGGCCCGGCAGCUCAGACGUGGUACCGCGACUUUAAGAUUUCUCUUGGUGACCAGCCAGCUACGUGGACCAUAUCCAAACAACGAAUUCGUGAGCGCUUCCGAGAGGCAGACUUCCAGCAUAAGGUGCUGUCGAGGUUGCAUAACCUUCGAUGGAGUGGGUCCCAGCAGGCGUACACAACGAAAUUCCUGCACUUGCUGUCUCAACUCGACUGCGAGCUGCCUGAAGUGGUCAAACGUUGGUAUUACCAACAGAAUCUUCGCUCUGACACUAGCGCUUUUGUGUCACAAAAUGUGCCGUCGACACUUAAAGAAGUCAUCGAGCUAGCUCAACGCUUCGAAGAUUCUCGAGCGACAAUCCCUGGACCAGGUGUUCAGAAGGAUCAGCGGGGCGAUAAACCUCAAAGCAAGCCACAAUCUCAAAAGAAGAACCAUGUAGCGUCAUCCAAGCCCCAUCAGUCUCUUGAUACGACUGGGAGGAAUGGUGACAGGCCUAGUUGUGCGUAUUGCGAAAAACCAGGUCAUACCGAGGCUGUCUGCUUCAAGAAGAAGGCGGAUGCCAAGGUGUCGACUUCAAAAAACGCUUAG